AUGAAGAGAGAGUAUGGAGAGAGGGAGUGGGGAGAGACAGUGGGGAGUUGGAAAGUAUGGAGAGAGGGACUGGGAGAGAGAGAGAGAGGGUGGGGAGAAAGAGAAUGGGUAGACAGGGAGUGGGGGAGAGAGUGGGGGAAAGUAGGAGAGGAAGUGGGAAGAGAGAGUAUGAAGAGAGGGAGUGGGGAGAGACAGUUGGGAGUGGGAAAGUAUGGAAAGAGGGAGUGGGGAGAGAGCAGAGAGAGAGAGAGGGUGGGGAGAGAGAGAAUGGGUAGACAGGGAGUGGGGGAAAGUAGGAAAGGGAGUGGGAAGAGAGAGUGUGAGGAGAGAGAGAGAGUUGGAAGAGAAAGUGGGGAAGAGGGAGUGAGUAGAGAGAAAGUGGAGUGA